AUGCACCAGUCCAAGUUCAGUCCGCUCUACAACAUCUCCGGCAUGGACGCCAAGUACCAGACCGUCAGUCUGCACGACGGCGCCGCCUCCUCCAACAAUGUCCGCCGGCCGUCUGCACGUGACGUCGAGGACCUGGACGAUCGCCACAGCAAUAGCGGCAGCAGCCGGAGCAGCCACACCGAGGUCGCCGAGUCGCUGCUGGGCGAGAAGUGGCAGAAGAGCCGGGAUCACGGCUCCAGCGACGAGGACGAGGAUGACGUCGAGGCACUCGCACAAAACGCCCGUCUGUGCCGCCGGUCCCAGUCUGCGCUCUUCUCAUGGCUCCGCUGGGGCCUCGACACCGUUCUGCUACUGGCCAUCCUCGGCCUCGUCGUGUGCCAGCAGCGCCAGCAGCAGUCGUCCACGGCCCCUGGCCGGUGGGACUUUGGUGGUGACUUCACCGGCGUCGGCCCUCGCAUCGACCAGCAGAUCCUCCGCUUCCAGUCGGACCAGUCCUACGCCCCGAUGAACUCGUCCGAGUUCUUCACCGAUACCGUCCUGCAGAAGUGGAAUAAGCUGAUGCCAAUUGGCAUGGGCUUCGUCUGGGUCAACGACACCCACCGCUACCACGACCUGCCCACUCCCAUCGACUGGCCGGAGAAGACCGUCUUCACCACGUCUGUCACCCACCAGCUUCACUGCAUGUUCACCAUCGCCCAGACGUACUCUGGCCUCAAGUCCGGCCACCCCAUUCCAGACGAUCACCAUUGGCACAUGGUCCAUUGCAUGGACUACAUGCGCGAGGCCGUCAUGUGCAACGCCGACAUUGCCCUCGAGGGCCAUGAAACUACCUUCCCCGACGACAAUGGUGGCUCCGACGGUUGGGAUUCCAAGCAUGUCUGCAAGGACUACAGCCAGGUCAAGGCGUAUCUGGAGAGCGUCCGCGCCUACGAUGAUCAGCUCAUCUACUAG